AUGCGUACCACCAUCUAUAAAGAAACUCUUGAAGGCCGCAUUGUAGCCAUCAAAACCCCACGACAGCUAGAGCCAGAGCCUGAUAUUGAAUUGAUUGAUCACUUUUUAACUGAAGCCUCAACAUCAUUGGUAAUGAAUCAUGAUAAUAUGGUAAAACUCUAUGGUUGUUGCCUCGAAACAUUUAUACCAAUACUAGUAUAUGAAUUCUUGUCAAUUGGAGGUCUCUUUCAAUGUCUACAUGAUGAUGUUGCAUCUAGUAAGUGUAUAAAGUGGGGAGAUCGUUUGAGGGUUGCAACUGAUAUAGCCUACGCGCUGUCUUAUAUGCAUAAUGCCUUGUUAAAGCCAGUAGUGCAUAGGGAUGUCAGGUCAUUAAGUGUACUACUUGAUGAUUCAUUGCGUGGUAAGUUAGCGAAUUUUGGGUAUUCAAUGUCCAUUACUCCAGGGGAAACUCCUCAAAGAUUUCCAGUUGAAGGAACUCCUGGAUAUAUUGAUCCUGAUGUAGAAACUCAAGAGGUGACUGAUAAGUGUGAUGUGUAUAGUUUUGGGGUUUUUGUGCUGGAGCUGUUAACUAAAAGGCAGCCACUUGAGAUGGCUAGAUGUGGGGCCGACUUAGUUGAUGUGUUUGUUUCAGCUGUGGAAAGGAAUUGUAUGAUGGGGAUGAUUGAUAAUGAGGUCUUGGAACAAGCAAGUAGGGAUGAGAUUCAACGGGUUGCACAGCUUGCGUUGUUGUGUGUAGCAUAGAAAGGGGCUGAGAGACCGACCAUGAUUGAUGUUGUUGGUGAGCUUUGGAAUAUACAGACAGGAAAGAUGCACAGCAGAAGACCAUAGUGUGGAGAAGAAUUGUAUGAUAGAGAUGAUCGAUAAUGAGGUCUUGGAACAAGCAAGUAGGGAUGACAUUCAACGGGUUGCACAACUUGCAUUGACAUGCGUGGCAAAGAAAGGGGCUGAGAGACCGAGUAUGGUUGAUAUUGUUGGUGAGCUUUGGCGCAUACGAGACAUUAAGUGAAGCAGAAAUUGUGUGUGGCAUGUCAGGUUCAAGCUAAGAGAUAAAGAUGCAGAAGAGCAAGGCACACAGCAGAAAACAACAGCUGUGGGGAAGAAUUGCAUGAUGGAGAUAAUUGACAGUAAAAUCUUGGAAGAAGCAAAUAGGGAUGAUAUUAAUUAGCGGGUGUCACAACUUGCAUCGUCAUGUAUGGCAAAGAAAGGGGCUGAGAGACUGAUCAUGAUUCUUGAUUGAUAUUGUUGGUGAUCUUUGGUUUGGAACACACUUGUAUAAGAUUGAGACAAGUGAAGCAGAAUUUGUGCUCGAAACGUCAGGUGUAAGUGAAAAAAAAAGAUGCAGAUAAGCAAGGUGCACAGCAGAGGACCAGAGGUAAGAAGGUAACUAGAUAGCUACUUGUACAGUUGUACAUGAUAAGCCACAUAUAUAAAAAAUGCAGUAACAUCAUUUUUAAUCCAUUCAACAAUUAACAAAAAAAAUGAGUCUUAAGUAUUAUAUUGAAAUAAAGAAUUCCUUUUUGUAAAAAUUUGUGAUAUAACUUUGUUGUAUAUGAAUAUCAUAGAACUUUUAAAUAAUUAAAAAUUGUAAAAAAAUGUCAGAGUUUCCCAUGUCAGGUCAAAUGUAUAUCAAAAGAACAAAAAGAAAAAAUAUCUUUUAUAUUUGUUUGUA